AUGAAGUCGUUGGGGCCAAAACUACUUCAAAUGAAGAAGUCAUGUCAUUUGACCAGUGGUGAAGUCUACUCACAUUGCCGCGUCGUAUCAAAUUCAGUCCGGACAAACCCAUCCAUUCCAAUCAAGAGUUUGAUUGCAGAUAUUAAAGCUCGAUUCGGAUAUUCUGUGUCAUAUAGAAAAGCUUGGAUCGCUAAACAAAAGGCUCUUGCUAUGGAGUUUGAAGACUGGGAAGACUCUUAUAACCACAUGCCGAGGUGGUUGCAUGCCGUGAAGGAUGCAAAUCCAGGUACAAUUUUACAAUGCACUGGUUCUCUAGUGCAGAUUGAUGGACAAACUGACAAUAAUUGCUAUAUUAUGGAAAGAGUUUUCUGGUCUUUCGGUCCUUGCAUACAAGGAUUCAAAUACUGUAAACCCAUUCUUCAAGUUGAUGGUACAUUUCUAACAAGUAAAUAUCAUGGAACUUUGCUCACCGCCAUAGCUCAAGAUGACAAUAGAAAUCUUUUUCCAUUGGCCUUUGUCAUUGUAGAAGGUGAGACAAAGGAGGCCAUGAUAUGGUUCUUUCAACUACUUCGAGAACAUGUUUGCCCUCAACAAAAUAUUUGGAUCAUCACUGACAGAGGAAAGGGUAUCCUAUCGGCCUUAAGAUCAGAAGAAGUUGGUUGGGAACAAGAUGGUUUGAACUCUGUUUAUUGCAUACGUCAUCUAGCAUCCAACUUCAACAACAAAAAAUUCAAAAAUCAUGCUUUUGAUAGAGGGAGAAGAUAUGGACAUAUGACCGCUAAUCUUGCUGAGUGCACCAACUCCAUCUUAAAGGGAGCACGUUCAUUACCAAUAUGUGCUCUCAUCAGAACAACAUUUGAGAGGACACAAUCAUGGUUUGUUGAACAAGGAUUAAAGGCGAACUAUAUGCUACAAGCAAGCCACCAAUUUCCUGAACAAAUCGCCGACAUCAUUAGGAAAAAUCAACAACAAUCCGCAUUUUGUCAUGUUCAUCGCUACAACCGUAAAAAUUCUGAAUUUGAUAUUCAGGAAAUUUCAACACCUCACUAA